AUGUCUCCAGCAGGGGCAUGGGUGCGGACCUCAAAGGAGAGCCCACUAUUGCGCUCCAUCUCUGGCAUUCUCAGGAACCAGACUGGGCUGAAAGGUGCAGCGCUGGGCGGCCUGAUGGAUCUGGAGGCCCUGUACCGCGGCGUGCAGCAGAGUGUGAACCACACGCGGAGAGGGCGUGGCCGCAGGCACAGCUCAGAGCGAGCCUACAACAUCGAGGUGUUGCUGGGCGUGGACGACUCGGUGGUCCAGUUCCACGGCAAGGAGCACGUGCAGAAAUACCUCCUCACGCUCAUGAACAUCGUGAAUGAAAUCUACCAUGACAAGUCUCUGGGGACAAGGAUCAACGUGGUUUUAGUACGAAUCAUCAUGCUGGGCCAUGGCAAGUCCAUGUCCCUGAUCGAGCUGGGGAACCCGUCCCAGAGCCUGGAGAACGUGUGUCGCUGGGCCUUCUUGCAGCAGAAGCAGGACACAGGGGAUGCUGAGUACCACGACCACGCCAUCUUCCUCACACGCCAGGAGUUUGGACCCACCGGCAUGCAGGGUUACGCCCCAGUGACGGGCAUGUGCCACCCAGUGAGGAGUUGCACCCUGAACCAUGAGGACGGCUUCUCAUCCGCCUUUGUGGUGGCCCAUGAGACCGGACAUGUGCUGGGCAUGGAGCACGACGGCCAGGGGAACCGCUGUGGGGAGGAGGUCCACAUGGGCAGCAUCAUGGCUCCCCUGGUUCAGGCGGCCUUCCACCGCUUCCACUGGUCCCGCUGCAGCCAGCAGGAGCUGGAGAGAUACCUGCAUUCCUACGACUGUCUCCGUGACGACCCGUUUGACCAUAAUUGGCCAUCAUUGCCCCAGCUGCCUGGUCUGCACUACUCCAUGAACGAGCAGUGUCGCUUCGACUUCGGAGUAGGCUACAUGAUGUGUACCGCGCUGCAAAAGGUUGGCCAAUCAGGACAACAGUACCGGACCUUUGACCCCUGUAAGCAGCUCUGGUGCAGUCACCCUGACAACCCCUUCUUCUGCAAGACCAAGAAGGGGCCACCUAUCGACGGGACCAUGUGUGGAGACGGAAAGCAUUGCUUCAAAGGUCAAUGCAUCUGGCUGACCCCUGACAUCAUCAAGCAGGAUGGGAACUGGGGCUCGUGGAGCCAGUACGGGGAGUGCUCACGCUCCUGGGGAGGGGUGCAGUUCCGCACGCGCGACUGUGACAACCCCAGGUCAGCUAAUGAGGGCCGGACAUGUGCGGGGGCCACCUACCAGUUCCGCCUGUGCAGCAAGGAUCAGUGUGACGAGCUGGACAGCGACCCCAGGGAGCAGCAGUGCCGCGUCUGGAACGACCGCUUCGAGUUCCACAACCGCAAGCACACCUGGCUGCCAUACGAACACCCCGACACCAACAAGCGCUGCCACCUGCACUGUCAGUCCAAGGAGACCCAGGACGUGGUGUCCAUGCAGAGGAUGGUGACGGAUGGAACACGAUGCUCCUACAAAGAUCACUUCAGCGUGUGUGUGCGCGGGGAGUGUGAGAAAGUGGGCUGUGAUGGUUCAGUGGGCUCCUCUCAGCAGGAGGACAACUGUGGGGUGUGUGGUGGAGACAACUCCAGCUGCAAGACCAUCAAAGACAACAUCAACCGCAUCGCCAAGAAACACGGCACUCAUAAAGGUUUCCUCAAAGUCCUGGAGAUUCCACGAGGAGCAAGACACCUGCUGAUCCAGGAGCUGAAGGCUACCUCGCAUGUUCUAGCCGUGAAGAACCUGGUGUCGGGGCAGUUCUUCCUGAACGCUGAGGAAGAUUACCCAGAAUCCCGUUCUGUCAUCGAGAAGGGCGUGGAGUGGGAGUACGACAAUGACAACGACAAGGACACCCUGCAGACCAACGGGCCUCUACGCCAUGGAGUCCUCGUCAUGGUGAGGAUCUAUGGUGAGGACGAGGUGAACCUGUCCUAUAAGUACAUCAUCAACGCAGACGAGCUGACCACCAUCGAGAGCAACACACUGGACGAGGACUCUGCCUACGAAUGGGCCUUCAAGAAAUGGUCCUCCUGCUCCCGGCUCUGCGGGGGAGGUAAGCAGAUCGCUCGGUAUGGCUGUAGGAGGAGGGCAGACAGUAAAAUGGUCCAAAGACGCUUCUGUAAGAGCCUCAAGGUCCCUCUGUCAGACAUUCAGGACUGCAACAAGGAGGCCUGUCCACCACCUGAGUGGGUGGUGGGCUCCUGGGAGGCCUGCAGCAAGGUGUGUGGAGACACAGGGACUCAGAAGCGCUCCGUCACGUGUGUCCAGACCUUCCGGAACGAGGCUCCCAGGGAGAUCCACAUGAAGUACUGCAACGACCUUCGACCCGUGUCACGCCAAGCCUGCAACCGCCAGCCCUGCCCUGGCCAGUGGAGGGAGGGUCUCUGGUCACAGUGCUCGGUGUCGUGUGGUAAUGGGACCCAGCGCCGAGCGGUCAGCUGUGGCAUGCCAGACACCAGGAACAAGUGUUCAGAGAGGAGACCAGAGAACGUCCGCAUCUGUCGCCUAGCACCCUGCCUCAAAGGCUCCUCCGACCUGAGCAAGAACGGCAACAUCCUGAUUCAGUGGCUGUCGCGUCCGGACCCAAACUUCCAGCGCACCUCCUCCCGCCAGCGUUGUCACGGUGACCGAUCAGUGUUCUGCCGGAUGGAGGUUUUGAAGAACUACUGUUCUCUGCCGGGGUACCAGAGGAUGUGCUGCAAGUCCUGUAGUAACUCCACCCUCACACACACCCCUCAGCCCUCCAGCACCCUCCCGUCCUCCAGCACCCUCCCGUCCUCCGGGACCCUCCCGUCCUCUGGCACCCUCCCUCCCUCCGGCACCCUAAUGCCCUCCGGCACAUCCCCCACCAGGGUCACCACCUCCUCCACCACCAGUCAACCCAUGGUCACCUCCCAUCCUGCCCCUCUGCCCCCACCUGAGAUAAGAGACCACAGUCCUCACCUGGAUCCCACACAGACAUCUACACACACACCUAUACACACUGCAUACACAGCACACACACCUAUACACACUGCAUACACAACACACACACCUAUACACACUGCAUACACAACACACACACCUAUACACACUGCAUACACAACACACACACCUAUACACACUGCAUACACAACACACACACCUAUACACACUGCAUACACAACACACACACCUACACACACAGCAUACACACCUACACACACAGCAUACACACCUACACACACACCUACACACACAGCAUACACACCUACACUCACCACACACUUACAUGCACACACCAAACACACACCUACAACUAUUGCUUCUGAAUAUGGCACACCAUCAACUAUGGAUAUUGAAUAUACCACACACAGACCAUUUACAAGGAAUCUUGAAUAUACCACACAAAGAGAAACAACUAUGGAUCUUGAAUAUACCACACAUACACCCUCAACUAUGGAUCUUGAAUAUACCACACAUAGAGAAACAACUAUGGAUAUUGAAUAUACCACACACACACCCUCAACUAUGGAUCUUGAAUAUACCACACACAGAGAAACAACUAUGGAUAUUGAAUAUACCACACACACACCCUCAACUAUGGAUAUUGAAUAUACCACACACACACCCUCAACUAUGGAUCUUGAAUAUACCACGCACAGAGACACAACUAUGGAUCUUGAACAUACCACACAUAGAGAAACAACUAUGGAUCUUGAAUAUACCACACAUAGAGAAACAACUAUGGAUCUUGAAUAUACCACACACACACCCGUAAUAGUUACCAAGUCAAAGCCAAAGAACAGCCAGAAAAGUGAUCCACUCAAAAAGCUAAAGCUAAAUCCAAAUCCAAAGAAGAACCCUAAACCUAAAACAGUUCCAAAAAAGCCUACACAACCAAAAGUAGUUCCAAAAAAGAAUCUUCAACCCAAAAAAUUUCCAAAAAAGAACCCUCAACCAAAAACUGUUCUAAAGAAGACUCAGCCAAAAGUCACACCAAAGAACUCUGAGACAAAACCUCCAAAAGAGAGUAAGCCUAGUCAGCCUAAGCCAGGUUCUAAGAAGAACAUUGCUUCAAAAGUAGCUGAAAACAAGAACCCUCAACCAAAAACUGUUCCAAAGAAGAACCCUCAAUUAAAAACUGUUCCAAAGAAGAACCCUCAACCAAAAACUGUUCCAAAGAAGAACCCUCAAUUAAAAACGGUUCCAAAGAAGAACCCUCAAUUAAAAACUGUUCCAAAGAAGAACUCUCAACCAAAAACUGUUCCAAAGAAGAACCCUCAAUCAAAACCAGUUCAAAAAAAGAACCCUCAAUCAAAACCAGUUCAAAAAAAGAACCCUCAAUCAAAACCAGUUCAAAAGAAGAUUCCUAGACCAGAACUAGUUAAAAAAUAUGACCCUCCACCAAAAUCCUUUUCGAAAAAUACCUUUCAACCAACUAAAGUUAAAAAACAUGACCCUCCAUCAAAAACUGUUCCACAAAAGAACACCCUGCCACAAAUGUCAGAAUUCACCACCACAACCCCAGCCUACCACACGACCAGGAAGAAUCCUUUGUUUACCCUCCAGUCCAGCACUGGCACAUACACCACAACUCCUAGCAUGCACCACACCAGUUCUAGAACUGUCAAUAUUACCUACAUCAGUAACAACACUAAGGUGACACCCAGUGACAUCUUCUAUGACAUUUCAUGGACUGGAACCACAACUCCCAGCAACCUCUUCAACGAUGAUGUCAGAAACCCCACCGAAACCAUUUACUUUGAUGAAGUCACAAUGUCGAGUGGAACCAUUCCCUUUCACGAUUCUCCUAUCCCCAGUGUAACCACUCCCUAUGACGACAUCACAGGAUCCAGCAGUGGUGAUGUCGCAAUACACAGUGGGGAUGACAUCACAAUUCCCAGCAGAACCUUGCCCUACAGUGAUGAUGCCAUAAUAUCCAGCGGAACUGUGAUGUUUGAUGGUAAUGAUGAUGUCACAGUGUUUGUCCCCACUGUUUUCAGUGAUAAUUGGUCAGAUCUAACCACCUCUACCUGGCUUGACCUACCAGAGUACAUCCCUCUCAGUGUCACUGUCCCCAUGGAAACCCAGACGCCCCCUCCAGAACUGACCUCCACUACUGCAUCUCUGACAACAAUCACCAUGACAACCACAGAGCGGAGUCCUGCCCAGUCCACUGGGGAGGAAAGCAACGCCAUCCACUUCCCCGACGGGCUGGGGGGCGGGGACAGCUACCUGUCCCAGACCAAUCAGAUUGUGCGGCGCAGGGUGUUCCUCCGGGAACGCACGCGCAACAAACGCAUCGAGGAGCUGCUGGAGGAGAAGAGAAACUUUCUGCUCCGCAUGAAGAGAGGGCACAGCGCUUGAGUGCCCCCCCUGGUCCUAAAACCCCUCUGUUCUCUCUUAUAGAGAUGGACUUCUGCUGUGGCAGACUGACUUUAUAUCAGCUAGUCCCCUGCUGGGACUCAGACACACACACACAGACUCACUCACACAAUAAGCAACAUAGCAAACUGGACUGUCGAGGGCCCGUAUCUCUGAGCAAAACACAUCUUGCUGUCUCUGUUCACCCCUGCUGCCAUGUGCAGCUCUGUGAGUGAAUCAAGGAUUCUAGAAGGUUUCUGUCCUCUUCUGUGCUAAAACAACAUCACAGAAUAUUGACUUAAUCAUGUGUAUCAUAUUUUCUAGAAGCUAAAAAAGAAAAAAAAGAAUAAAUGCCUUUUUGUAUCGACAGCAUUCUCCAAUAGAAGCUUUCAGGGUGCGUUCUGUUUUGUAUCUGGUUUAUUAUGGGACCAACUGUGACCCAGGCAACUGUCUGUACCAUAGCUGUACAUAUCACAAACCUAAUGUUGAAUAUUUAUUAAAGUUCAUGUGCCUGUGGUAUUUACACUUGGA